AUUCUACCAUUUCAGCUGCAACGAUGCAAGAGCACUCUGGUGGUAGCUGAGCACAACAACGAGGCCCUUAACCCAAUCACCCUGAACACCAUCUCUGCGGCCAAGAAGAUCGGUGGUGACGUCACAGUUCUGGUGGCAGGCACCAAGUGCGGACCCGCCUCGGAAGCUGUGGCCAAGGUUGAGGGAGUGACCAAGGUUCUGGUGGCUGAAAAUGCCGCCUUCAAGGGACUGACCGCCGAAUCUGUGACCCCUCUGGUCCUGGCAGCCCAAUCUCAGUUCAAAUUCACCCACAUCCUUGCCGGAGCGUCUGCUUUUGGAAAGAAUGUGCUGCCCCGUGUUGCUGCUAAACUGGAUGUGUCUCCCAUUUCCGAGAUCAUUGAUGUCAAGUCGGAGGACACCUUCGUGCGCACUAUCUACGCCGGCAAUGCCAUCCUCACACUGAAGUCCAAAGAUGCCGUGAAGGUUAUUACAGUGCGAGGCACCAACUUUCCUCCUGCAGCUGCUACAGGCGGAAGUGGAGCUGUGGAGCAGGCUCCCGCUGGAGAUUACGCCAGCAGUCUGUCUGAGUUCGUUUCCCAGGAGCUGACCAAGUCCGACCGCCCAGAGCUGACUGGCGCCAAGGUUAUCAUCUCCGGAGGCAGGGGUCUGAAGUCUGGCGACAACUUCAAGCUGUUGUACGAUCUGGCCGAUAAGUUUGGAGCUGCUGUGGGAGCCUCCCGCGCUGCCGUCGAUGCUGGCUUCGUUCCCAACGACCUGCAGAUCGGUCAGACUGGUAAAAUUGUUGCCCCUGAACUCUACAUCGCUGUUGGUAUCUCUGGUGCCAUCCAGCAUCUGGCAGGCAUGAAGGAUUCGAAGACCAUUGUGGCCAUCAACAAGGAUCCCGAGGCUCCCAUCUUCCAAGUGGCCGACAUUGGCAUCGUGGCCGAUCUUUUCAAGGCUGUGCCCGAGCUUACUGGAAAGUUGUAAGACGAGAUUGUGACGUGUGUUUUAGUAUAAAGAUCCCCGAUUCUGUACCGAAGAAAAGAUAAUUGUUGCAUUUAUUUGGAUUCUAACCAAGUCCGUAGAAGAUUUCCCUCUCAAAGUUUAAAAUAAAACGAUUUUAAGACAUA